AUGUUCAAAAUUUCCAUAAUACGCAGAUCUUACCAUUUAUUUCAACCAAAUGCUCUAACCAAGGAAACUCUAAAAUCGCAUCCAACGCAUGAUUUGUUACAGACUUUAGGAUUUGUCAGGCAGUCUCAAAGUGGAUUGGUGCAAUGGCUUCCUCUGGGACUCCGUUCUCUGCGUAAGGUAGAAGAUAUUAUUCGUUAUCGCAUGAAUACUGAUGGAGACGCUCUUGAAGUAUCGUUGAGCUCUUUAUCACCAAAGUUACUUUGGGAACAGACAGGCCGAUGGUCAAACAAAGAGCUAUUCAAGUUGAAGGAUGCCAAGAAGGCAGAGCAUUGUCUGACGGCAACCUGUGAAGAAGAUAUAACUAGCUUAAUGGGUAAUUUCAUUACAAGUCACAAAGACAUGCCUGUUUUAGUUUAUCAGAUCUCAAGAAAAUAUAGAGAUGAAUUAAGGCCUCGAGGAGGUCUAUUAAGAGGACGUGAGUUUCUUAUGAAGGACGCUUAUUCAUUUGUAUCUAGCAAAGAAGAAGCAAUCAAAAUGUUCGAGAGAGUUAAUGACGUUUACGAUAAAAUUUUCGGAGAUCUUAGAAUUCCGUUCGUAAGUGCGUGGGCCGAUAGCGGUAGUAUUGGUGGUGAUCUUAGUAAAGAAUACCAUUAUAUGCAUGAAUCCGGUGAAGAUACACUGCUGAAAUGUUCAAAUUGUGGGGCGAUUUCGAACGUCGAAAAGGCGGAAUCGUAUCCCAUCAAAGAGGGGGAGUAUUUUGGCGAUGUCUCAGUUAAAUAUUCACUUUCAGCUGAUCGAAAAACACUACUCUGCUUUUACUAUCCACGAAAUCGGGAAUUGAAUUGGAACUUGGCUUUAGAAGCGGUAGAUCAUGAUAUGGACUCAGUUUUUAAUAUGAAACGCAACGAAGAAAUUUUGCAAAUUUUCAAGCAGGAGAAUGAAGACAUUAUGCUGACACGAGUGCUUCGAAUAAUGGAUUGCAGGCUUAAUUCCAGAUCCAAUUUUCCUGAUUUUCCUCUCAAUCAAUAUUUAAAAAACAAUUUUGGACAAAUUGAUGACGUUUCAAUAGUCCAGGCCCAGGAGAAUGAGAUUUGCGGUUCCUGCCACGAGGGUCAUCUGUCGGGUAUGAAAACUAUUGAAGUGGGCCAUACUUUCUAUUUGGGAACGAAGUACAGUGAACCAUUGCAUGCGACAUUUGUAGGAAAAGAUAACCAACGUGGAAUACCUAUUGAGAUGGGAUGCUAUGGUAUAGGCGUGAGUAGAUUGAUCGGUGCGAUUGGUGAACUGACUAGAGACGACAAUGGUUUCAAAUGGCCAACUAGCGUGGCACCAUACCUCCUAUCCCUUUGUAUCUCGCCGCAUAUGAAAAAUGAACAAGAGAUUAUAUCGUUACUCCAGUGCCAAUUCAAGGGCACCAAUCUUUCAGGAGAAAUCAUGCAUUCAUUUAGCAAAAAAUUAGGAUUGGGUGCUAGAAUUCGGCUGUCACACGCAAUAGGAAUUCCAUUAUGUCUCAUAGUAGGUCCCAAAAAUUGGCCGCUAGUUGAAAUUGAGCUUAGAGGUGCGCUAAUUGGUACUGAUUGGGAAAAAGAGUUUCUCGACCUCAAAGAAAAGUACAGAUGGGAAAUUGUCAAGAGCACUUCGGGCUAUGUGGAAAAACAUAUUGUCCCAGUUGAAUAUGCGAAGGACGUUGUCAAGAUACUUUUAAAAUACUUAUCAUGA